AGCUGUAACUUUAAUCACCCGAAAUUUUCGGAACAAAAAACCUGCAUAAAACACAAAAAAUGUAACGGUUGGUAAAACAAGGCGCACAGAAUUUGAUGGUGGUUUCUUCUUUUUCGAAAAUAAAAAUAUUAUAGGCAUGGGUGUGGGAUAUUGGUGGUCAAACUUUAGACACCACUGCUUGACCUGUCAGAAAAAAAUCCAAACAAACAUAACCCAACUAAUUUGUUUGUGGGUGUAGUCGUUUUAAAGUCGCAAUUAAUCGAGUUUUUGCGACUUUGUGGUCAAAAAUUCCGCGUGCAGUAUGGAACCAACCGAAGAGUCUCAACCCGAGGCCCCAGAACCCGGCCACUCGACCAACAUAACCCAGGAAGAAAUCGACCCAGAGACAGCCAGUAAGCUGCGAGGGGACGCAAUUGGGAACACCAUGUACAGCGAACGCUUCGUUUUGAACACCCUGAUGCAGUUCUCGGAUUUGAAGUGGAGCGAGGAGGUCGAGAACGACUUGUGCGUCCUGUGGGACAUGACCGAGGAAAAGGACGUUUGUGAAUUCCUGUACCGCUUGUCCUAUCCCACGCUAGCGUGCACGGCCUUGGCAAACUACACCGAGCCGAGAUUUGUGGAAAUUGUGGUCGGGAUUUUCGCCAACCUCUUGUGCUCGAAAUGCGAGAGCAACGUCAAGGAGGACGAGAUUAGGGCGGUUUUGGAUUUGCUAAAUUCAGACGAUCCGUAUAUUCUGAUCCAAGUCAUGCGGUUCUUGCACGCGUUGGCGUUCAUGUGCGAGAAGCUGGAUUUUUUCGAAAGGCGUCACUUUGACAAAAUUAUGUUCAUUUUGAACAAUUCGACCAAUAGGGAGUUGCUGACUGUUAGUUUGAAGGCCUUAGCGGCUCUUACUGACGGUACAAAGUUGCCCUUGGAUGUUAUAACCCCCGAACUGUUAUCUUCCACACUCGCGGCUUACAAAACUCUAAAAAAUCCGGACUGUGAGUCAGAAGUUGAAUUGUUUGAGUCACAAGAACAGCACUUGAAUGCAAAGCAUUUAAUCCAAAUUCACUGCAACAUUUGCACAUACAUUGAUAAUUUUAUCUAUUUAACGCAAUAUGUUGCGCAGAUUAAGGCGAAUUUAGGUGGAUUUAACUUCGAAAUGGCUCUGCUGUUGAGAUUUUACAAAGAGGAGCGGAACUUAAUACCAAUGAGUGAUGACUUUAAAUUUUAUGUUGAGGCUAUGACUUAUAUUUUCAAGACAAUUCAUGUGGAGUUUCACGCGCCAAUUGUCAGGCCCUUGUGCGAGAUUUAUUUCAUUGUAAAUGAGAAGGAGCCCGCGAAUUUGAGAUGUGUGGCCGAACUGAUUUGUUACUUUAUUUCCGUGGGGACCCUCAACACCAUUAGGAGAAAUUUCGAUAAUGUGCCCCUUGACAUCAUUAAAAACCUGUUAAUUAGCAUUGAGGGUCACAAGUUUAAGUUCGAUUUCGAGUACAUUGCGACUUUGCGCCGAAUUGCGCUUCUUUUGUAGUGAAUUUAUCGAUUUUAAUAAAGUAUAUUUUUGUUA